AUGGCAACAAAAUUAAAAUAUCAUAAAAGCACUAUUAAACUUCCUUUAGCCUAAAAUGUCAUACCUGUAAUAAAUGGAAUAAGUAAAUUAAUUAAUCAAGCUAAAUACAUGUUAGAAGAACAAAGUAUGAAAUCAAAAUGAAUUUAGAGUUUACUUCCAUACUUUUAUUAGCUUAUCAUAAUACUUCUGCAAAGGCUAUAUUGCUUUCCAAAUAAUUGAAGUAAAAAUAUCCCAAACUUCAUGAAGUAUUAAGUGGUUUAUAAUUCCUUCUAGAUUACUAUCAUUAAAACUAUUGAGAAAUUUUAUCAUUACGAGCCUAUUGAAGAAGGACUUAUUGACGUUAAUAUUAGUUAAAAAAUUCCAUCAAUUAUAAUAAAGCUCACUUUUAAUCCAACUCAAUAAGAUAUAGCAAGUCCAGGAUAUUAAAGAUGUUUAUAUGAUGAGAAAACUCAAAAUAAAAAUCCUUAAUUAAGAGAACUUUAUGAAAUUUCAUAUGAAAACGAUAACAAUUAAGAAGAACAUUAAGAUGAUGAGUUAAUUUGGUAGUAAAUAGAUGAUGAUUAAGAUUAGUACUAAAUAGAAGAUGAUCAAUUUGCUAAAAUAGAAGAUGAAAGAAAUUAUAAAAGUGAAGGAGAUUUUACAUACUAUUUAGAUAAAUAAAUUAGAUAACAUAUAGAUAUUUAUAGAUAAGAUCAUUAAAAUUAGAUACAUUAAUUUAUUCAAAUAUAAAGUGAUGAUUAAAAUAAUGUAUAAUUAUUUGAAAAUUAGCAGUAAAUUUAAUUUUAGUAAAAUGACUCAAAAUAGUUAGAAAAAUAAGAAUAUAUGAAUUAUUCUCACAAAUUUAAUCAUUAUACAGAACCUGAUGAUGACGGCUUUGAAGAAAUACGUUUACCAGGAUAUAAAUAGAAUUAAAUUUAACAAUAAUAAACUUUUGAUGAUUUCUAAUAACAACCAUAAACAAAUGAUCCUAACAACUUGAAGAAUAUUUAAUUUUAAUAAAAUUUUUCACCUUCAUGUAUAAAUGAAGCAAAUCAAUCCAAAUUCCUUAAUAAUUAAUUAGAUGAUGCUGAAAAAGUUUCCUAUAACUCAAGUUAAUUUAAAAAAAAAAAUUAUGAGAUUUCUAAUGAAUUUGAAAGAGAAACAACUAAUUAGAACAAUUUUGAGAAUAUCGAUGAUAGACUUAAUAGGGAUAACAUAGAUUAUAAAAAUAAUAGGGAGGAUAGAAAUUAUAAAAAUAAUAGAGACAAAAGAUAUUAUUAAAAUAAUAGAGAUACUAGGGAUAAUAGAGAUAAAAGAGAUAAUAGGGAUGAUCGAGAUUAUAAAAAUUAUAGGAAUAAUAGAGGUAAAAGAGAUAAUCGGAAUAAUAGAGAUAAAGGAGAUAUUAGGAAUAAUAGAGAUAAUAGAGAUAAUAAGAAUAAUAGAGAUAAUAGGAAUAAUAGGGAUAAUAUAGAUAAUAGGAAUAAUAGAGAUAAUAGGGAUAAUAGAGAUAAAAUAGAUAAUAUAGUUAAUAGAGAUAAUUGGGAUGAUGAAAAUUAUAAUGAUAAUAUCUAUAAUAGAGACCAUAGAGAUAACAAUAAAAAUCAAGAUUAAAGGAAUUAUAAAAAUAGUAGAAAUUAAUGGGAUAAAUUUGAUAAUAGAUAGUAUAAAAAUACUAGGGACAAUUUUAUGGAUGAUAGAGACAGUAGUAGUGAGGAUGAUUUAAGUGAUGAAGAGAUAAGUGAAUAAGAUUCUAAUGAUGAUGAAGAAUUAUAAUAUAAUUCCAACAGGAGAAAACAUUAACAUAAUCCAUUUCUUCAUCCUAGAACUAUUAUUUAAAAUGAAAUUUCUGAAUACAAGGAUAAAAGAAAAGAUAUAAUUUUUUUUUAGAAUUGA